UAGUGUAAACAGACAACAGACGCGUGGACGUGAUGCAGAGUGACAGCAGUUCUGUUUCGAUCAACUCUGUUUCUGUUUUCUGUGUCAAAAGCCGUUAGUGUAAUGUGCACUUUAGCGCUGAAUAUGCCUCGCGCACUUUGUGCCGCUGUUCCGUCACUGAAGAGGCUCAAAGGAGCUUAAAACAUCAUUGCGGGAAGGCCUGUGACGUCACUAUGGACCGAAGCAUUUCCGUUCAUCUGCAGGGGUUCAUGGAAAAGCUGGAGCUAGAGGAACAGCUCCUACAGUACGCUAGGAAUGGUGAUCUGCCCGGGAUUCAGAGGCUCCUCAUGUCGAAGAUCAGGAACGAGAUGGACAUCAACAUCAACUGCAAAGGUAAGAGUAAGUCUAAUCUGGGAUGGACGCCUCUUCACUUGUCCUCCUACUUUGGACACAAAGACGUAGUGGAGGAACUGCUUAAGGCUGGGGCAGAUGUUAACCUCCCCAACAAUAUAGGAGACACAGCGUUGCAUAAAGCUGCUUUCACAGGAAGAAAGGAGGUUGUCAUGCUGUUGCUGCACUAUGAUGCGUGUGCCACUGUCAUCAAUGGAACAGCACAGAUUCCUAAAGAUGUCACCAAAAAUGCAGAGAUUAGAAGCAUGUUAGAAGCGGCUGAGAGAACGGAGGAGAGGAAACUGGAAGAUCAGUUGUUGGACGCUGCACGUGAAGGAGAUCUGUCAGCUUUAACUGAUCUGCUUCACAGGAAGAAGCCUCCAGAUAUUAACUGCACUGAUCUCCUGGGUAACACGCCACUUCAUUGUGCAGCCUAUCGAGGGCAGAAGCAAUGCGCACUGAGACUGCUGAAGAGUGGAGCCAGCCCCAACAUCAAGAACAACAAUGGCCAAACUGUGUUUGACUUGGCCAGUGACGCAGUAAUGAAGCAAGUUCUUGAAGGCAACGUGCAUCGAGUAAAUGCUGGUAUGACCCGCCAUGUCAAAAAGUAUGAGGGACUCCUCUGCAAGAGCUCCAGAUUUUUUGGCUGGCGCUCGUACUGGGUUGUUCUUCAGGAUGGUGUUUUGUCCUGGUACUCUAAACAGUCAGAUGCUGCUGCCAAUAUCAGAAGACAGGGCUGUAAGUCGCUCACACAUGCUCAGUGUAUGAUCACAGCCAAAGAUAACUGCUUUUUUACCAUAAAGUGCUUUGAUGAUAGUGUGCAUCACUUCAAAGUAUCAUCUAAAAGUGACCCAGAGGAAACACGAAAAGUCUGGCUGGAUGCACUGGACGAGCAUGCUGCUUACAGCACACACUACUGUGCUCAAGACCAGGAUAGCGAGGAGGAGGAGGACGUGAUGUCACUCGGGGAGCUUACAGACUCACUACAGGCAGCAGACACCAGUCACAAAAAGCUGGAGAUGGAGGUGGCAGCGUUCCUGUCCAUCCUGAAAAAUGACCGGCUAAUGGAAAGUUUUCCAUCUGCCUUAUUGGAGAAAAUGCAUGAAAUCUCUGAGUUGUCCAGUGAGACUACAUCCCAUCUCAGUGUCUGUCUGAGCCUUUUCUCCAGGCAGGAUGGGGUGCGCAGCCUGAAAUUGGAGCAGGAGGUGGAGAAGAAUAAGAUCCUCUCUGAAGCUUUGCAGACUCUUGCAACAGAGCACCACGAACUUGAGCAAUCCGUCAUCAAGGGAUCUUCACCGAGAAGUGCGCUCAGCGAGGAUGAGUUCCACGACGCCCUGUCUGAUUCCCACUCCGAGCUCUCACUGAGCGGCUUUGAGACGGUGGCCAGCCAUUCGUUUGACAAAGACGAGGAGAAGGAGGAGGAGGCAGGCUCUGUCACGCUGAGCAGACGUGGCAACACUCCCAACAGCAUGUUACAGGAGGAUCACCAUGGUGACAUGGAUGAGACGCAACCCAAUGGGAUUACAAGGCAUAGGACCAGCUUACCUGCACCGAUGUUUUCAAGAAACGACUUCAGCAUUUGGAGCAUCUUGAGGAACUGCAUCGGAAUGGAACUCUCAAAGAUUACAAUGCCAGUCAUUUUCAAUGAGCCACUCAGCUUCCUUCAGCGCUUGACAGAGUACAUGGAGCACACGUACCUCAUCCACCAGGCUAACACAUCAGAUAACUCUAUUGACAGGAUGAAGUGCAUAGCUGCAUUUGCCGUAUCUGCUGUGGCAUCGCAGUGGGAGCGGACCGGUAAACCCUUCAACCCCCUGCUGGGAGAAACCUAUGAACUGGUCAGAGAGGAUCUGGGCUUCAGGUUGAUAUCAGAACAGGUCAGCCACCACCCUCCAGUCAGCGCCUUCCAUGCUGAGGGGCUGCAGCAGGACUUUGUGUUUCAUGGAUCCAUCUACCCUAAGCUGAAGUUCUGGGGCAAGAGUGUGGAAGCAGAGCCAAAAGGCAUCAUCACACUGGAGCUGCCCAAGUACAAUGAAGCCUACACAUGGACAAAUCCUACAUGCUGUGUACACAACAUCAUUGUGGGCCAGCUGUGGAUUGAACAGUAUGGAAAUGUGGAGGUGAUUAAUCACAGGACUGGUGAACGAUGUUGUCUGAAUUUCAAACCAUGUGGCCUUUUUGGCAAAGAACUGCACAAGGUUGAGGGAUAUAUUCUGGAUAAAAGCAAAAGGAAGCUGUGCGUGCUCUACGGCAAGUGGACAGAGUGCCUGUACAUCAUCGAUCCUGCUGACUUUGAAGCACAUAAGAGAAAUGAUAAGAAAGCAGCAGAAGAAAAGAAAGCCAGCAAACCGAGUUGCAGUGAGGAUCCCGAUCAUAUUCCUUUUCCGAGCACAGACACUGUGGAAGUAAUUCCUGGCAGCCAGCAGCUGUGGAGAAUCGCACCCAGACCGCCCAACUCUGCCCAGAUGUACAGCUUCACAUCAUUUGCGAUGCAGCUGAACGAGCUGCAUAAGGAGAUCGAGGGAGUUAUUCCUCAAACUGACUGCAGGCUCAGACCAGACAUACGAGCCAUGGAGAACGGAGACAUCGAUCUGGCCAGCGAGGAGAAGAAAAGGCUGGAAGAAAAACAGAGAGGUGCUCGCAAAAACCGCGCAAAAUGUGAUGAGGAGUGGAAGACCAGGAAUCCUGCCCUCGGCCCAAGGUGGUUUCACCAGGGACAAAACCCCCACACCAACUCCCAGGACUGGCUCUUUUCUGGUGGAUACUGGGACAGAAAAUACAGCCACCUGCCAGACAUUUACUAACCAAUAUUUCCUAUACAAAAGACCCCACAACAUAUUCUCUCACAGAAGCUACAUUUAAUUCCGUUUUACUUUUUCUUUUCUUCUUUUUUAUGGAAUGGUGACAGGAGAUAAAAAAAAAAAACCUAUGCAAACAUUGUACUUAAACAGUGUGGCUUUAACACGCUGAUGUAAAACUGUGGAUAAAAUGUUUAUAAUUAAUAUUUAACAGCUACAAAAUGUGCAAUUGUUUGACAAUGCUUUGAAAUUGGUUUGUACAUUGGGAUAGGAUUGUUUACAGUUUCUAAUGUAUUUUUAGUACAGCGGACAUAAUGUAGCUGUAUUAUGUCAGUAAAUGGGUUAUUUUUGUGUGUGUUUUGUUUUAAAUGUAAUCGUGUUUUGACAUUAUACUUGUAUAUAUGUAUUACACAGAGUAGCUCAUCAUUCCAUUCACUUUAUUGCUGAAUAGUGUUAAAGUCACAAAAUUACUCUGAGCUUUCUGCAGCAAGCUCAGUUAAAGGGCCCUAUCUUCAUUGCAAAGCAGCUCACAGCGCAGUGCAAGUGUAGUUGGUAGCAUACAACUGAUUUUCACACCCAGCAUCCGCGUCAUGUGAAUAACGAGGAUUGCUCUCAUUUAUGCUCUCGCGGGCAUGUUGCUGAAAAUUUAGGCCUGGUCAAGCACCGUUUUGGAGCAGUAGAGAAUGAUUGCACCAUAGACCAUCAAAACCAUGUUUGCAAGUGAAGACCACAGUCGUUCUGGUAUUCAUGUAGAGCAAUAUUCACAUGUGCCUUAGAUAGGGGGAUUCGUGACGCAAACACAUUCUGCUUGUAUAUACAAUUAAACUGAAUUGAAAACAACUGUGAAAGGAAAUAAAACAUUUUUGGAAAAAUGCAAAACUUCACUUUAGUGAUUCACUGCUUCACCUCAGAGAGCUUUGGUGGUUGGUGUCUGUUGGUGCGCAGUGAUGCACCAGAUAUUUCACCGGAAAACCACUUACGUGAGUCUUUAAAUACCAAUGCGCAGGUUUCCUGAUACCUUCAGCUCUUAAAGGGGAUAACCGAUGACACUGAUUUAUUUCAUGCUAUGCCCAAAAACACACCCAUGAUUAAAUGCACAAAUAAAUCCAACCCUUUUGUGCAGUUUGUUCUGUGUUGCGUUCAGAUUACAAGCCCGCUAAAUAGCAAAGUGGAAUUGGACCCACUCUGAUACCCUCCAUUCACCCUUUCCCUUCAUUUUCCACAUUUACAUGACUGUGCAAAUUGAUGAGAAAGGAUGAAUGGAGAGUAUUGUGUUGCGCAACAUAGAUCAUCAAGAUAGGGCCCAAAGUUGUAUUAUUUUGACAGAUGUAUUCUGCCUCAAACAAUGUGUAAAGGCACAAUGUAAUUUAUAUAUUUUGUUUCAGUGCAACAUAAAUUUACUUUUGGAGCAACCACCUG